AUGGCAGCCAAGGACGGAGAGCGGAGCGCCUCCUCGGCGACCCGGUUCACAGCGACAACGCCCCAUGCAUCCGGCCCGUCACGAUUCCCACCGCCACCCGGGGCAGGAGGUCCCAGGAACCCAGCUGCAGCGUCUUCUGCGCGGGCGGCGUCAUCACCAACCUCAGAGACCCCCGAGCAGCGGGUGGCACGGUUACGAGCGGCGCACGAGAGGGCAAAGACCGCCCAGAUAUCACGGUUCGACCAGUUCAUCGCCAAGUCACGGCCCUUCUUCGACUCGGCGCACAGGAUCACCGUCAUAAGCCUGGUUGGGCUCACGGCCGUCGCCGGUCUCCUCACAGCGUACACAGCAUACGACAUGCUCCGGUACAACCGCAAGCGCAAGGCAGAGUUCCUCGAGGCCCAACAGAGGAUGUCGGCCGACAGUCUGGAGGCCGCACGGCUGGCGUACAUGAGGGGCGACGCGACCGACGAGCAGAUCUCGCUGGUGGAGGAGGCCAACGCCCGCGCCGCCAGCGGCGGUGGGGACUUCAAGCUGCCCAGCAUACUGAGCGCGCCGAAGCCGAUCAAGCGGGACGACGAGACACCGGGAAUAGCAGAGCAGGCGGCGGCCGUGGCCGCGGCGAAGGACGAGAACAACAAGUCGUCCGGUCUCUUUGGGUGGUUCUCGUCCAAGAAGCCAGCCCAGGAGUCGACAGGCAGCAGCAGCAGCAGCGACGCGCCGCGCUCGCUCGAGGAGAAGCAGGACAUGCUAAGGAAGGCCCGCGAGGCGUUCGAGAAGGAGAAGGAGGCGCAGCGGAGCGGAGGGCCGCUGGACCGCCUCGGGAUCGAGGAGCCGGCCGCAUCACCGACGCAGACGAAAGAGGCGGAGCAGCCCAAGAAGAAGGGGUGGUGGUAG